AUGGCCGACAAGAAGCCGCACAUUGUCUUCUUCCACCCGGACCUGGGCAUCGGCGGAGCCGAGCGUUUGGUGAUUGACGCUGCCGUCGGACUCCAGAACCGCGGCCACAAGGUCACCAUCUUCACAUCGCACUGUGAUCCUCGCCAUUGCUUCGACGAAGCGCGUGACGGGACCCUCGACGUGCGAGUACGCGGAAACUCAAUCGUUCCUCCCAGUAUUUUCGGCCGAUUCGCUAUCCUCUGCGCUAUCCUUCGCCAGGUGCACUUGAUACUACGCAUAGCGCUGCUUACGAGGGAGCUGCCCGAUCUCAAGCCUACCUCGUUCUUCGUGGAUCAACUCAGCGCGGGCAUACCACUUCUCCGAGUACUGCAGCCAAAUGUGCGCAUCAUAUUCUACUGCCACUUUCCAGAUAAACUUCUCGCGAAGACAGGAGGCAUAUUGAAGACUCUAUACCGAGGGCCAUUUGAUUGGCUUGAGAGCUGGAGUACGGGAUGCAGCGACACGAUCGUGGUGAACAGCAACUUCACGAAAAGUGUCUUCGCUGAGGCAUUUCCGAGCCUGAGACACCGAAAGCCGGGCGUCGUAUACCCGUGCGUAGAUACCAAUGCUGAAGAUCCUGUCGAGGAGACUAGGCCACUAUGGAAGGAUAAGAAGGUCCUGCUGAGCAUCAACCGCUUCGAGAAGAAGAAGGACGUGGGUUUGGCCAUUAAGGCGUAUGCCGGCCUAUCUGGGGAAGAGCGCAAGUAUACAAGGCUCGUGAUAGCAGGCGGCUACGAUCCGCGAGUAGCUGAGAACCUUGCGACAUAUACUGCGCUCUGCGAGCUCGCAGACUCCCUCGGCCUCAGGCACGCGACCGCAAAAACCGUCAUAACCGCGCAGCGCAUCCCCGACGACAUUUCAAUCCUCUUCCUCCAUUCCGUGCCGAAUGCCUUCAAAGCUACACUGCUAUCUACAUCGCGUCUGCUGGUGUAUACUCCGCGCAACGAGCACUUCGGCAUCGUCCCACUCGAGGCUAUGUUGGCUGGUACACCAGUGUUGGCGGCCAAUGAAGGCGGGCCAACGGAGACAGUCAUCAGCGGCCAAACCGGCUGGCUAAGGGACGUAACCAAGGUGCAAGACUGGACGGAGGUCAUGCGCAUCGCGCUAGAAGAUGGUGAUGGCGAGGAGAGGCUUAAGGAGAUGGGCAAGUGGGGCCAGGAGAGGGUGGUUUCCGAAUUCUCAAAAGAGAAGAUGGCGCAGACGCUGGAGGCAGAGAUUCAGGGCAUGGCGAACAAGCCGCGCCCGCCGGUGAUCCCCUUUGCCGCGGUGGCACUGGCGGUUGCGCUGAUGGGUGGAUUGGCUGCCUGGAGCAUGUGGUUUGCCAUGAAGCAAGCACAUGCGGCGAGCAUAAUGUAA